AUGACUGUGAAAGAAACCCUAGCGUCGAUUUUGAGACUCCAGCAACUCAAUUCGCCCGUCAUUGAUGAAACCAUUAAUAGGCAAGUGAACCCAGAGUAUCCAUUUGAUGAAGACCAGUCUUCAAAGGGAGAUUAUACGCCAGUCCCGUUAUUGCUGGCGACUGAAAGGGGAAUAGCAGAGAUUGGAAACAGGUUACUAGAACGUGCAGAGGAGGUAACACUCUUCCACUACGCCAUGUUGCGCAACAAGGAAAACAAGACUUGCGAAGAGCUAUUCAAAACGAAGCACAAUGAACGACUCAAGCGAGCACAGCAAUGGAGAAAAGACACUCCUCACUCUUGCACUGCAGUGGCUGUUCUCGUUGCUAUCGUGACCUUCUCAGCUGCCUACACUGUACCAGGAGGUUCCAAUGAGAAGGGAUUUCCAGUUUUCCUCAACAACACUCUCUUCUUGGUUUUCACAGUCAUGGAGGCUAUUGCUUUAACUUGCUCCUUGACCUCCAUUGUAAUGUUCUUGUUCUUCCUCACAUAG